GCCCAACACACUGUGUAAUGGUUUAUCCACGUCUCCGCACCGGCUAUUCAGCAACCGAGGCCAUAUAUAUCGCGGGGUUAUCAUCAAGAAUACAUAGACCUUAAGAAACUUGUAAAUACACAUAUCAGCAAUACAUCAUUCAAUUAGACACGACCAUACAGUAUAAAAAUGCCCAUCAAAACCUCUACCCUCGCCCACUGGGCCUCCACGCUCGAAUACCAGCACAUCCCCGACCCCGUCCUCCAACGCACCAAAGACCUCUUCCUAGACUGGCUGGGCUGUACAAUCGCAGGCCGCCACCAUCCCGCCGUAGCCGCGAUCGCCAAGUUCGCGCAGCAGAUGGGACCCGGUAUGGGGAGGAGCGAGCUUGUGGACGAGGAGCUGGGCGGGACGAGUGCGGCGUUCGCGGCGUUGGUGAACGGGGCUUCGUCGCAUGUGGUUGAGCAGGAUGAUUUGCAUAAUAGGAGUAUUAUGCAUCCUGCGACGGUGAUAUUCCCGGCAGCGUUGGCGGUUGCGCAGGAUCGGGGGUUGAAUGGGGAAGAGUUCAUCACUACUUGUGUGGUUGGAUAUGAAGUUGGAUGUCGGGUUGGGGAGUUUUUAGGGAAGAGUCAUUACGAGCGCUUCCAUUCCACCGCGACAGGAGGAGUAAUUGGCGUCGCAGCCACAACAGCCCGUCUCCUCCAUCUCGACGCCACAGGCAUACUAUCCGCCAUGGGAACCGCAGGAACCCAAGCAGCAGGGUUAUGGCAAUUUCUCCUCGACGCAACGCAUUCCAAGCAGGUGCAUACAGGGAAAGCAUGCUUUGACGGGGUAUUCGCCGCCUACGCAGCCCAGGCGGGACUGUUAGGUCCCCAGGAUAUCCUCGAGGGACAACGGGGGAUGGGAAUUGCCCUAGUACCUGGCGAAACGAAGCCCAGUGCCAUCGAUGCCGAUCUAGGCGUUGACUGGGCGGUGUUGGGGAGUAGUUUUAAAUGGCACGCGUCGUGCCGACACACGCAUCCGAGCGUGGAUGCGUUGAUCAAAUUGAUGGAAAAGAAUGGGGUGCAGUUUGAGGAUAUUGAAUCUGUCAUCACGAGAACGUAUUCUGCUGCGUUUGGGGUGCUGGGGUUAUCUGGACGAGGGGAGACGGUGCAUCAGAGUAAAUUCAACAUGGGAUUUGUACUUGCCGUGACGGCGAAAAGGGGACAAGCGAUGAUAACGGAUUUCACCGAGGAAGCGCUGCACGAUGUCUCGCUGAGGGAGUUUCAGGAUCGCGUGCGGAUGGAGCUGGAUGAAGAGAUUGAUGCGAGGUUUCCUGAAAAGUGGCAGGGAGCGGUGAUAGUGACGACCAAAUCGGGGGAGAAGUAUGAGGAGUUUGUGGAGUAUUUGAAGGGGGAUCCACAGAAUCCGCUGAGCAGGUCUGAAAUUGAAACAAAAACAAGGUCGCUUGCACAGUAUGGAGGGGUGAAGGAUAUGGACCGAGUUGAGAAGCUGAUCCAGCGAGCACGGAGGAUUGAGAAAGAAAGCGACCUGAAUGGAUUCACAUUAUCAUAGUCAUGCGCCGCCAGCAAGUCGAUGCAUACAGCAUUCUUGGGAGGAGUGCAUAUACAGCCUACCACCCAGUAGCAUAUCCCAUGAUCCAAUCCAGCUGCUCGCAUAUCGCGUAUAAGCAAAAUUAUUACAUCACGCCAAAUCAGCAGUCUGGCCAAAGUCAGUUAUCAAUAAGAACAAUAAUAAGAACUCUAUAUAAGAAUAAAUCCACGAGGGCCGAGCUUGGAUUGCAGGUUGUCAGAAAACAACCACGCGACAAGAUCGAUGACGUGAUUUUGAUCUGGAUGGUGUUAGAGUGGAGCCCCGUGCAUAUGUAGGUAUGCAGUUAGUGAUACAGGGUGUGUGAGAGGCUGCGGCCACUAGGCAGGCUGGAGGUGGCCUGUUUGGGAUGCUGCUUGCAUACACGAACGAUGGGGAAUGAGUCUAUUUUGGUCACUUGACAGUAUACAUAUAUUGACGUGGUACAAACGUCU